CGGCCAGCUCUAUCAUACAACAGGCUGCCACCGACUCAGAAACGGUCGGUAACGUCCAAUGGGCAGAGCCCAGCCCCAGGCGCGGGGUAGCUGCUCCGCGCAGGGCCGAGAGGAGACUUCUUGGGCUCUGGCUGGCAAGAGCUGUGCUGGGUACUGGCCAGCGAGGCGCGGGGCUGAAGUGGGAGGAAGGAGGAGAGCGGAUGGACGGAGAAGAGGGGCGGGGAGACAGGAGGUGAAGGUGGGGGAAGAAAUGAAUGAGGGAGAGAGACGGGCAGAGGGAGCGGGCACAGGGCGGGGCCUGGCUCAGAGCCGCUGCUCCGUCUGGCUGUGAAGCGCUCUCCAAGACGCUUGACCUUCAGACCCGUCCUGUGGCCCUUUACUACCACAAGGGAGUAUUAGGGACACAACCAGCCCGCGGAGAGGGGUAGGAAGCCAGUCUGUCAGUGACGCUUCCCCUCCUCCCCAACAGGGGGCCGCCAUAUUGCAAUACGGAAGAGAGGCGCCAUUUUGCAUCCCGGGAGAUUUGCUCAAGAGCCGGCGCUUCCUCUCCCACAGCGCGCCGCCAUUUUAGAUUACGGAAUUCCUUGCCUCCCCCUCAAUGGUGGAGUUUCUCCACUGGGCGCCGCCAUUUUGGAUUACGAACGAAACGGCAGCCCAAAGGGGUCCUCACCCUCCCUUCGUUUAGGUGUCUUCAUAAAAUGCCCGCUGAGAAUCCCCUCUUUUUUCGCCCCGCUCUCAAGAUGGCGUCGAUGCGGGAGAGCGACACUGGCCUGUGGCUGCACAACAAGCUGGGCUCCACGGACGAGCUGUGGGCGCCGCCGAGCAUCGCCUCGCUGCUCACGGCCUCGGUGAUCGACAACAUCCGCCUCUGCUUCCACGGCCUCUCCUCGGCCGUCAAGCUCAAACUGCUGCUGGGGAUGCUGCACCUGCCCCGCCGGGCGGUGGAUGAGAUGAAAGGUGCACUGACUGAAAUUAUCCAGCUCGCUACCUUGGAUUCAGACCCCUGGGUCUUAAUGGUAGCUGAUAUUUUAAAAUCCUUUCCAGAUACUGGCUCCCUUAACCUUGAUCUUGAAGAACAGAAUCCCAAUGUUCAAGAUAUUUUAGGAGAACUUAGGGAAAAGGUAAGUGAAUGUGAAACAUCAGCUAUGUUGCCGUUGGAGUGCCAGUACUUAAACAAAAAUGCCUUGACAACACUAGCUGGGCCACUUACUCCCCCAGUGAAACACUUCCAGCUGAAAAGAAAACCCAAAAGUGCCACUCUUCGAGCAGAACUCUUGCAGAAAUCAACAGAAACCGCACAACAGCUCAAGAAGACUGCAGGAGUGCCUUUCCAUGCCAAAGGGAGGGGGCUGGUCAAAAAAAUAGAUACAACAACCCCACUCAAAGGAAUACCAAAACAAGCUCCAUUCAGGAGUCCCACAGCACCUAGUGUAUUUAGCCCUGCUGGAAACAGAACCCCUAUACCUCCUUCAAGAACACCUCUGCGCAAAGAAAGAGGAGUGAAGCUACUAGAUAUCUCAGAGUUGGAUAUGGUUGGUGCUGGUCGUGAAGCAAAGAGAAGAAGAAAGACUUUAGAUACAGAAGUGGUGGAAAAACAAGCCAAAGAAGAAACAGUAGUGGAAAAUGCAACUCCAGAUUAUGCUGCUGGCCUUGUGUCUACCCAGAAACUUGGCCCUCUGAACAAUGAGUCUGCACUACCUUCUACAAGCUAUUUGCCUGCAACCCCCAGCGUGGUUCCAUCUUCCUCCUAUAUCCCAAGCUCCGAAGUUCAGCCAGCUGGAUCUGUGCGAGAGGCCAUGCAGACUAACAGGCAACCUGAAGAGUCUACAGUUCCAAACACUACUCCUCUUCCUGCUCAGUUCAAACAACGAACACCCAUGUACAACAGUAACUCAAAUCCUGCUGCAGCUACACCUACUUCACCCUUAACACCUACUACGCCUCCUGCCAUUUCCCCUGCUGCACAACCUCCACAAGUAGUCCCCCAAACUCCGCAGCAGCCACCACCCAAGAAAAGCCUUUCUCUCACAAGGGAGCAAAUGUAUGCUGCACAGGAAAUGUUCAAGACUGCAAACAAAGUUACCAGGCCAGAAAAGGCUCUUAUCCUUGGGUUCAUGGCAGGAUCCAGAGAGAAUCCUUGCCAAGAGCAAGGAGACAUCAUCCAGAUUAAACUUAGCGAGCAUACAGAAGUUUUACCAAAGGCCGAUGGCACUGGGAGCACCACCAUGUUAGUUGACACAGUCUUUGAAAUGAACUAUGCUACGGGCCAGUGGACCAGACUCAAGAAGUACAAACCUAUAACUAAUGUUUCCUAAGAGCUUCAGUAACAACAAAUGGUGGACCAAACCAAGACUAGAAUCAGCCAGCUCCUCUAGAGUGCGUCCAUUGUACAAAAUGGCAUUCAUGUGUAGGUUUCUUAUUCCCUUCCAAAAUACAAGUUGUAGCUAUCCAAACUAACUGGGCUCAGGUGAAUGCAGUAUGAAGAUGCUGUCAGACUGACAGAUUUUUAUUUCUUUUAUUUUUUUAAGGGGGGGAAGUUAACAUUUGUUCUGUGGUUCAGGGUGCCAGACAUUGAGAUCACAGCUGAAAAAUUUCCUUUUCACUUUGAGAGCAUUUCAGUUCCAAGCACUGAGGAAAGGACAAUUGCAGAAUCACAAUUUACCACUAAGCAAGGUCACGGAUUUUAUUGCAGAAAUAUUUACUUUGACUACAUGGGUUCCAUUUACAUAUGGACAUUUGCACCACCACAGGUAUUUGCAGUUCUUCCUGCAAUUUGAUCGCAGUAAAUCUAACUACUGCGAGUGUAGAUGUCUAAUGGCACCCACUGUGUGUUUAGCUUGUCUUUUCCAGGGUCAUAGGGUGGGUUUGAGAAGCUUUGUUAAUCUUACUGUAUUGCGAAUGUUAAUGCCCAGCACGAGUUAAUCUGUAUUUGGCAUAAAUCAACUGAGAUGGAGGGGAACUGAAUAUCUUAACCUUUUAUGCAGCAAAAUUUAUAAUUUCCUUUAGUGUCAAACUUAAGAUUGCCAAAAGAAAUUCCCACCUUGCUUAUGGGCUGCUUCGGGAUCAUAGCUCUUUGCUACCACGUGAAGUGCACAGUAGAGAUUAAUCUCUGGCUCUUGUACAGCAGGCCCCCUGGGCAACAUAUCUUUCUCUUGGAGGGAAUGAAGUUGUAUUGUGCUUUCACGCCUCUCAAGAGCAGUUGAAUUUUACUGCAGUCUUAAGAGUGGCUCUUCCAGCCACAAAGUGAGUUACUGCCACAUCUGUGAAUGUGGAAGGUUAGCGAGACUGCUUUUUUUUUUUUUUUUUUUUUUUUUUCAGUGCAAGUUUGACUAAUCAGCCACUGGGCACUUGGUGACCAAGGCCUGAGCUGCACACACUUUUUGUACUGGUACAACAGUUGGGUGUGACUUUCUUGAAAACUGAUAUAGUUAUACCAGUAAAACCCCUAGUGUGAAUGCAAUUAUACCAGAGUACAGGGGUCUUAUGCUUGUUUAGCUUAUUCCCUUUCCCAUACAGGAAUAGCUAUACCAUAUAUGCACACAUACCAAUAUAAUUGUACCAAACUAGGAGGAUUGUACCACUUUAACUGAACUGGUACAGUUAAAGCAGUACAUCUUGUGUGUAGACCAGGAAUAAGUAGUGACUUCAGAAUUUGGCCCUUAAUAGAGACUUGUGUUAAAUGUCCAUGUUAAAUUUCUUUCAGCCAAUCUCGUGUGGAAUUGCACUUGCCUGGGAAGGUGAUGCUGGGGAGGGAGAAGUACAAAGAUAAGUCACAUAGCAUUGUGGGAGACUGACAUGGGGCCUUGUGAUGACUCAGGAUUGGCUUUAAAAAGGAAUGUUAAUCUAUGAUUUUUAGGCCAACAAAAGAUCUUUUUCUAAGAUAAAAGCAAAUAUCCCCUAAAUGAUACAUCUGUGUGCCAACACAGCCUAUAGGUUAUCCAGCUAUGUGCCUAUCAGAACAGGGCGAGCAUUAAUGAAGAAAUGUAUUUACAACAUUUUAUUGUGAUUUGAUCAAAAGUAUGUAUGUUUGCAAAUAUACAUAACAAAAUUAAGGUCCAGAAUAUCCUAAAUUAACCAUUCUAACACUUAAUAGUUGAGUUGUACUGUUGGUACAGUGACCUACAUGGAACUUCCAUUAUCAUUAAGAAGUUGUGUGCACAUAUAAGUGAGAGAAUGAGACUCCUCAGCAUAACUGUCAUUCUGGAAAGUGCCCUCUAUUUAAUUACUCCAUUUCUGCAGUGAGGUAGACUAUUUUCCAAGUGAUACAAAUCAGCCAAACAAGCAACAGGAACAAGUUAAGAUGAGUGGAGGGUUUUGUUUUUAGAAUGAAUUCACUAUAAGGUGUGUUCACAAUGGUUAUAACUUCUUUGACUUAAUACAUUACAAGUGAAGGGCUAAAGUCAGAAGUAUUUGUCUUUUUAAAAAUGUGUAAGGAAUAAAUUGCAUUCCCUUUCAAUCUCGUUUGCUUUCAAGUUUUAAAAUAGUCCAUGUGACAACUAGUUUUCUAUAAACUAAACCAGUGUGACACUUCUGUCUUAACUGCUGCUGUUUUAAUACAUUUCGUCUUCUGCUAAUACAGAAAUUAGAUGAGGGGUUUGUUUCUUUUUAUAAGAAACAAUGUUUUUAGGAGUGGACACCUCAGGGGAUGUGCGCUCGCAUCCCCAGUUAUUGGUUCAAAACUCAUUCCCGUUUGGUAGUGAUCAGAAGCUGUCAUUUGAUGGCUCUUCAGUUUUUACAUGCAAUGAGUUGGGGUUCUCUGUCCAGUGUCUAGUGGACAAAUGUCCACAUCCCCAAAAUUUAGCUAUCAGCAGCAAGGAGGAGGACUGCAUGGGCAAGAAGAUGCCCCCUCUCUCUAAGUAGUCUCUCCAGAACUCGGUUGAAGUAUUAAAAUGAAGCAGGAUGGGGGAAACUUGUACUGCUGCUACCUGCUCUCUCCUUACUGUGUAGAUGGAUAGACUUCAAUCUCCAGGCCUAUUCAUCGAAGACUAGUGAUAUGCACUAAACCAAUUAGUUUUUAAAUAGAAACAAAAUAUUUUAAACUCAUUCUCACUGGAACUGAGACAACUUAACAUUGCUAAAAUAAUUAGCAAUCUUAUUUUUAAAUAAAAAAGCUUCUCUCUCUUGGAUGGAUCUAGCCCUAAGGACUAACUUUAUUUCAACUAGCUCUGAGUAUCUAGUGUCCUUUUUAAACACAAAAUAUGAAAUGAAAGUAGCCAUUUAAAUGUUUUUAGAAUCAUUACACUGCUGAAAAACUAAACUACAUCGAGAGCCCUGCAUCAUAGCUUGGAAACACUGAACCAGUGCUUUGAGAAGAGUACAUCUAAAGUACCAGACGGUUCAGGAAACGGCAAAGCAAGCACUUGAAUUCCUGUAUAUUAUUUAAUCUUUAUUUUACAAAGCAAAUCUGACUCCUUGAGCUUGAUCAUUUUUGUCUUCACCUAGCAUCUAAAUGACUGAAAAGUUGAUUUUGUACAUGAGGCUCAGCGGUGCAUCGCAAAGCUAAUCAAAAACCAAGUUAACUCUAGAAUGAUGUGCUUAAGCCCCCACUAACUAGGCGUGGGAGGUGCACACAUUGUUCAGAGCUAACAUUCUUUAAAUCCUUUUUCGUUACUGUAGCCAACAUUCUAGGCCCUAGUCUGUGAGCCAGAACGUCACAUGUGCAUUGUGGGGUAGCUUCAGCAAACAAGAAUGCCCUGGGGAAUUUUACACUGGGGGCAAGGAGGAGACCUUUGUGGGUGUUUUGUUUUUGUUUUUUAAGGUUGUGAAAGCCCCCCAGUGUGGUUACUGAGGGGCCACACAGAAUUAGUUUCUCUUAUUUAGGAUUCUAGGGUGAAGUAUAGGUUAGAAACAGGUAACAUGGCUCCUUUCAUCUCUUCUGAGGUGAGGAAACACCUUUUCCUGCCCAAGCGUUCUCUAGUAAAUCCCCUCCAACUCCCCAAAACACUGCACAGUUCUUAGGAUGACUAACUCUUCAGUUCUGGAUCAGUGUCCUAAGGGGUCUCAGUUUUUAUUUAUAGUUUUGCUGUUAACCUUUCAGCCAAAUAAAAGAGGGUGCUGGAUGUGAUGGGAAAAAUCUUCUUUCGAGUAGUUAAUAAAAUAGGCUCCUGUGAAGUUGCUAAUUUCCAUCAAAGUGCAAACCACUUACAUAGAAAAAAGAAGCUUGAUACUUUGGCACUGUAAAGCUUGAGGUUGGCUCACACUUUCAUAGCAAGAUCUGACUAGAAAAAAGACUGAAAAAUGUUAAGCCAGAGCCCACUGGGAAUCUGGUGCCUUUAACAAGAAAUGUCAUUUUGUAAAAUGUUACAUCUAUAGCAUAGCCCAUAUGUUUUCUAUUUGUUUUUUGUACAGUUGUAAAUUCAAGAUCUUCUGUCUUCGGGUACGUAUUUUCAGUGUACUACAGUAUGUAUAAUAAAAGUUUAGAUUUUCUAAA